UCGUCUCUCGGCCUCGCGCUCUAGCGCCCGUGCGGUGCGGUGACAGGCUUCGCCCAGGGGACAGGAGGAAGCCGGAGCGGCGCUGCCGGGCUUCGUGGGGUGCCGGGCUGGGCCCGCUCGCUACUGCCCCGGGGCCCUGCUGCCUCCCCAGCCCUGCCCCGGGGCGGAACCGAAGGAAGGAAGGAAGGUCAGGGCUGGCCGCCUCGUCGCGUCCCUCUGCUUCCCGCCGCAGUCGCUGUUCAGUCGGUGGCUCGCUGUUAGCUUGGACUCCAGCCACGUGCACCUUCAUGGCGGCCUCGCAGGUCCCGGGGGAGAAGAUUAGCAUCCUGGCGGAGGAGACAGCAGCCACGGCCAGGGACAGGGACCUGUUGGGGGACGACCGUCUGGAGUGGGACAGGCCUCUCCCGCGCUCCUGGAGGCAGAAGUGCGCCUCCUAUGUGCUGGCCCUGCGGCCCUGGAGCUUCAGCGCCUCCCUCACCCCGGUGGCCCUGGGCAGUGCCCUGGCCUAUAGAUCCCAGGGCGUCCUGGAUCCCAGGCUCUUGGUGGGUUGUGCCGUGGCCGUGCUGGCUGUGCACGGGGCUGGGAAUUUGGUCAACACUUACUAUGACUUUUCCAAGGGCAUUGACCACAAAAAGAGUGAUGACAGGACCCUGGUGGACCGGAUCUUGGAGCCCCAGGAUGUUGUCCGGUUUGGAGUCUUCCUCUACACUUUGGGCUGUGUCUGCGCCGCUUGCCUCUACUACUUGUCCACUCUGAAACUGGAGCACUUGGCUCUCAUCUACUUUGGAGGCCUGUCAGGCUCCUUUCUCUACACAGGAGGAGUCGGAUUCAAGUACGUGGCUCUGGGAGACCUCGUCAUCCUCAUCACCUUUGGCCCGCUGGCCGUGAUGUUCGCCUACGCUGUUCAGGUGGGGUCCCUGGCAGUCUUCCCACUGGUCUACGCCAUCCCCCUUGCCCUUAGCACUGAGGCCAUUCUCCAUUCCAACAACACCAGGGACAUGGAGUCCGACCGGGAGGCAGGCAUCGUCACUCUCGCCAUCCUCGUCGGCCCCACCUUCUCCUACAUGCUCUACAACAUGCUGCUCUUCCUGCCCUACCUCAUCUUCAGCAUCCUGGCCACACACUACAGCAUCAGCCUGGCACUGCCCCUGCUCACCAUUCCCAUGGCCUUCUCCCUUGAGAGACAGUUCCGAAGCCAGACUUUCAACAAACUGCCCCAGAGGACCGCCAAACUCAACUUGCUCCUGGGGAUCUUCUACGUCUUCGGCAUCAUUCUGGCACCAGCGGGCAGUCUUCCCAAACUCUAAGGGGACCAGGAGCUCCUCCAUCAGUAUGUCCCCCUAUCUGAGGCUGUGUUGAAGGCACAGCCUCAAGAGAGGUGAUUUGGCAGCGAGGGGCCUAAGGAUGGCUUAUGAACUCCCACCUGUUUUAAAUUAUUAAGUUCUUAAAGAUAAUGUUUUGUUCUGUUUUAUGGGGAAUCUUGAACCCACUGGUAUCAGAAGGUGAACUGGCUGUAUGGCCCUUGUUUUAUUUAUAAUUUCCACUAGAGGGUGUUGUUAGGUCACUUUAGAGGGGACUAAAAGGCCCAAGGACUUUGUGAAGGAGCCACCUGAGUUGGCCUCCAGUCCUGAAAGUCAUAGUAAUUGGGCCAAGUGUCCUCCUGUUAUCUUGGUCUUGAAGGAUAUGGUAAUGACUGGUGUCAGGCCCACAUGAUACCAAAGAGCGCCUUCCUCUGAGCAUAUGGGUCCUGAAAUAUACCACCAGAGAAAGUCCCUCAUUAACAGCCUAAAGUUGCUCUCGAGUAUUUACCUAAAUUGAGAUUCAGAGGUUUUUGUCCUUCAUCUCUCUUUUCACUUCUUGCUACUGUUGAGGAAAAGUGUCACAUCACCUGCAGCAAGACAAUCUAGAGGGGACCGGGAAGGGGAAAAAAAAAGACCCAUCCCUGGAGGCAGCUGGGAAAAUCACUCUGCUUCGGGAUAGAAAUGGGCAGAGCAGCUGUUCUCCCUCUGUAGAAUCUGCUGGAGUGACAGGAGUGGCUCCCAGCCCUUUCCACAACUAUUAGGAGCCCUGGAAUUUUAGAAGCACUGCUCUCCUUGCCAGCUACUUACCGCCCACAAGGCUUCUUCCUUCCCUGCCCCCAUUGCCUCUCCUAAUGCUCCCUGACUCCCACCCUCCAUUUCUAUCCGGUUCCCAUUUGUUUGCCUCCCAUCCCAGCAGCCUGUUUGCACAGCAGCUGAGCAACUGAGUCUGGGACAGUUGCCACUUUCUGCAUAGCCACAGGAUGAGGAGACCAGGGACACCAGCUUCUCCAUGAAGGAAUAAUCCAGUAGACAAACAGUCCUGACCCUGUUCAGACAAAUGAUAGGCCCUGCCAGGGAAGGAACUGUGUCUUCCUCCUUGAGGACAAAUGUGCAGUAUUGACACUACUUCUCCCAGAGGCUUCAGUUGCCUUGUGCAAAGAUACUUUGCACCCAGAAUGGGGGAAUUCCAACGUUGAUCAAAGCUGCUUUUUAUUUAGUUGCCUGUGAAAUAUAAUUUCUGGGCUAGAACUGCUCAGUUGCAUUUGGUCUGAGGUUGAAAUAGAUUGAGGCCAUCACGUUAUAUUUUUCUGCUGUGAUGAUAGCCAUUCUGAUAGCUGUUUCAGGGGCUUGGCCUGCAGAAAAUGACCUGAGAAGUAGUUCUUAAUCCUUAAAAUCAAGCUAAUUAUAUGAUUUGGCUCCUUGAGUUGGAAUUGGUCAGCUUACUUGGAAAACACAGAUCUGGAAAUUGCAAAAGUUCCUCUGAAGUUGAAGGUGGUUUGUCUGCAGAGAUCUGGAACCCUCAGAUAGUGGUCAGAGCCUGUAACAAGGGAAACAGCCCUUCUUCCCAGCACCAUUUUUGUGUUACACCAGGCUUGUGGCAUUUGGUGCUCACAGAGGUCCUCCCUUCAGAGACCAGCUCUUUGAGCACCUCCUCAGAGCAGGCUGUUUUCACAGAGGGCUCAGCCCUGAGGCUGUAGGACCAAGAACUUCCUGCGUUCAUCCAUAGACCUGACCCACCUUUGUAAGGGCUCCUGUUGGGGUGUCAGCCUCCGCAUUGUGUUCUGGUGCAGAUUUUAAUGCAGAUUUUUAUAUACAAAUAUUCUAAAAGGCCAAACUUGGUGCCAGGUUUUAUAUGCAGGUCACCAUAAUUUGUAUCACAUCCCCUGAUUCAAUGAAAGUUUUCUUUAGACUUGUUAAUAAAAAUUUUUUUUAUUAGUUUCUGUUUUU